GUGUUCGUUAAUACUGGAAUUAGGGCAAGGGGCACAAUUGCAUUAUCUCUAUGAGGAAGGGGUUAAAGCACGCAGAGCCACAAAUACAUUGAGCGAUGGCAAUUUAAGCUGCCCCCGUCCGCGCUAUCCGUUCGUCACAACCCCAUCCAUCAUCCACGUGUCAUUACACAGUGAACUGCUUAUCUAUCUCCUCCCCACUCCCCCAGGCCCCAACAAACCAACUUGCAGAGCAACUGAAAGAAGCCAAAAGCACGUUGAGCUCAGCCAUAGACAGAUUAAGAGUUUACUUCCAGUUCUGUUUUUGGGGAACUUUACUGAAGUUUUUGCAGAGAUUUCCAAUCUAGAAUGGAGACUGGUAUAGCUUACUGCGGCCGUGGGGCAUUCAUGCCUUCACAGCACUCGAAAUCUUUGGUCUCUCCUUCAUCCAUCUCCCCUUCCUUCAGCUCCAGGAACCUGAAGUCAAGCUCACUGUUUGGAGAAGCUUUGAAGUUGGUUCCAAGAUCAUCAUCAUCAUUUAAGGUUUCCAAGGCAAAGAGCACUUCUUUUAUCACCAGAAGUGAGAUUGGUGAUAGUCUGGAAGAGUUUUUGAAGAAGGCAACAACAGACAAGGGACUGAUGAGGGUACUGACUUGCAUGGGAGAGGCAAUAAGGACAAUUGGAUACAAAGUUAGGACUGCUUCUUGUGGAGGAACUGCCUGUGUCAACUCCUUUGGAGAUGAGCAGCUUGCUGUUGAUAUGCUUGCUGACAAGUUGCUCUUUGAGGCCUUGGAGCACUCUCACUUCUGUAAAUAUGCUUGCUCUGAGGAAGUCCCUGAGCUUCAAGACAUGGGAGGACCUGUUGAAGGUGGAUUCAGUGUUGCCUUUGAUCCACUGGAUGGAUCCAGCAUUGUGGACACCAAUUUUGCAGUUGGCACCAUCUUUGGAGUGUGGCCAGGAGAUAAGCUAACUGGGGUUACAGGAGGAGAUCAAGUGGCUGCCGCUAUGGGGGUUUAUGGUCCUCGAACUACAUAUGUUCUUGCAAUCAAGGGCUUCCCUGGCACUCAUGAGUUCCUCCUUCUGGAUGAAGGAAAAUGGCAGCAUGUGAAGGAGACCACCGAUAUCGGUGAAGGCAAACUAUUCUCACCUGGCAACUUGAGAGCAACAUUUGACAAUCCUGAUUAUGACAAGCUGAUCAACUACUAUGUCAAGGAGAAGUACACCUUGAGAUACACAGGAGGAAUGGUGCCGGAUGUUAAUCAGAUCAUUGUGAAAGAAAAGGGCAUCUUCACCAACGUCAUAUCGCCAACUACCAAGGCGAAGCUGAGGUUGCUGUUCGAGGUAGCUCCACUAGGGCUCUUAAUUGAGAAUGCUGGAGGUUACAGUAGCGACGGCCACCAAUCUAUUCUAGACAAGGAGAUCAAGGAACUCGAUGAAAGAACUCAAGUUGCUUACGGGUCCAAAGAGGAGAUAAUCCGGUUUGAAGAAACUCUAUACGGGAAGUCGAGGCUCAAGGAGGCUGGUGGUGUACCUGUUGGAGCUGCUGCUUAAACCAUUCCAAUACCACUGCUAGCUGCUCCUGCUUUGUCGAGCAAGAAAUUUUAAUCUAUCUUGUACACAACUUGUCUCAAUAACUAGCAUAUCAGCCUUCAGCCAGAUCCCAUGUCGCAGAUGGAACUGAAAUGGUUUCACAUAUGAUGGAUGUGUAAUGAAGUAAUGAUCUGGUAUUUUGUCCUUCUGCUAUGAUUCAUUGGCUUAAACAUAGAGAUCUAUAUGCCAAAGGGCAUGCCUUACAUCUAUCUGACAAAUGAAGAGCUGACCAGGAAGGCAAGAAAAUCAUUAUCAUACC